AUGACAGAAUCACCCCUGAAAGUGUGCAUCGUGGGCUCGGGGAACUGGGGUUCAGCUAUUGCAAGAAUAAUUGGUAAUAAUGUCAUGAAACUUCAGAAGUUUGCCUCCACGGUCAAGAUGUGGGUCUUUGAAGAAAUGGUUAAUGGGAGAAAACUGAUAGACAUCAUAAAUAACGACCAUGAAAAUGUAAAAUAUCUCCCUGGACACAAGCUGCCAGACAAUGUGAUUGCAGUCCCCAGCCUCAGUGAGGUUGUGUGGGACGCAGACCUGCUGGUGUUUGUGAUCCCCCACCAGUUCAUCAACAGCAUCUGCGAGGAGAUCUCUGGGAAAGUGCCCAAGGGCGCCCUGGGCAUCAGCCUCAUCAAGGGCAUAGAUGAGGGUUCCCAGGGGCUGAAGCUCAUUUCUGACAUCAUCCGAGAGAAGAUGGACAUUGACGUCAGUGUGCUCAUGGGCGCCAACACUGCCAAUGAGGUGGCUGCGGAGAAGUUCUGUGAGACCACCAUCGGCAGCAAGGUAAUGGAGCACGGCCUCCUCUUCAAAGAACUUCUGCAGACUCCAAAUUUUCGAAUUAAAGUUGUUGCUGAGGCAGACGCUGUUGAACUUUGUGGCGCCCUGAAGAACAUCGUGGCCGUGGGAGCCGGGUUCUGCGACGGCCUCCACUGCGGCGACAACACCAAAGCUGCCGUCAUCCGCCUGGGGCUCAUGGAAAUGAUCGCCUUUGCCAGGAUCUUCUGCAAGGGCCGCGUGUCCAAAGCCACCUUCCUGGAGAGCUGCGGCGUGGCCGACCUGAUCACUACCUGCUACGCGGGCCGGAACCGCAAGGUAGCUGAAGCCUUUGCGGCGACCGGCAAGACCGUUGAAGAAUUGGAGAAGGAGAUGCUGAACGGGCAGAAGCUGCAAGGACCACAGACUGCCACCGAGGUGUACGGCAUCCUCAAACCGCAGGGACUGCUGGACAAGUUUCCAUUGUUCACGGCGGUGUACCAGAUCUGCUACGAAGGCAGGCCUGUUGAAGAGAUGCUGUCUUGUCUCCAGAAUCAUCCGGAGUAUACAUAA